AUUUUGCUGUCACCAUAUCCUGCCUAAAUAUAAAUAAAUCGUUUUAGUUUCAUUGUUUUAAAUUUUGCAUUUAAAAAAUGAAUAAUAAUGGCGAUACGGACAAAUUGGACUGGAUGUAUAAGGGUGCAAAUAGCCACAUUGACCAGGAAGAAUAUUUACUAGGGAAAUCAGUAGACAAAUCUUUUGAACAAAUUAACAGAGAAGAAAAAGAAAAGAAACUUGGGGUAGUACCUCCUAAAAAUCAUGUUGAACAUGAGUGCAUCCCUCCAUCUAUAAGGGAUUUCAACAAAAUUGUCCAUGAAGAACAGGUUGAUUUAUCUGCUAAGCUUCAAGAAGAUCCUCUCAUGGCAAUUAAAAAACAAGAAGAAGAAGCUAGGCGCCAGUUUCUCCAGAAUCCUAUACAGUUGAAGAAGCUUCAAGAUGCCUUAAAAGUACAAGAGGAAAAGAAAAAGAAGAAGAAAAAGAAAAGGAGAAACGAUUCUGAUUCUGAAGAUGAUUUAGACAAGCAGAUAGCCGAAAAGUUGAAACAUCUUAAAGGUAAUUUCAGUGAUUUGCCGAAAAAGAAGAAAAAGUCCAAAACUAAACAUCUUGACACCAUAUUGAUGCACAAAUUUAAUCAAUUAAAAGAUAAACUAUCGCAAGAGGACAUGGAUGAUAUUUUGGCGGGAAAAAGUAGUGGUAGUGAUGAAGAAGUACCUAAAAAGAAAACUAAGCAUAAGUCAUCCAAUAGUGAGGAAGAUAGUGAUGAUCAAGAGAAAAUAUCGAAAGCAAAAACAUAUCGUGGUAAGCAGGAUGAUGUGAAAGAUAAACAAAGCAGAUAUAAAAGGAACUCUAGGAGUGAAAGUAGAAGUAGAAGUAAUAAAACAUAUGAAAAAUAUAAAGGGCAUCGAAAAUCUACGUCUAGAGACAGAAGCAAAGAUAGAGGUAGAGAUAGAAAAGAUUCUAGUAGUGAUAGUGAACAUGAACGAAGAAAUAAAGCAUCUAGAUAUGAAAAACAAAGAGAUAAUAGAUACAAAAGAUCUAGGGACAGAAGUAGAGAGAGGACAAAAAGAAGAAGAAGCAGUAGUAGUGAAGAUAGGCAUGAAAGAAGUAGAAAAACGCAAAUUUAUAAUAAACAAAGUAGUAAACAUCAAUUGGCUUCCAGAAAUAGAAGUAAAGAACGAGAGAGAAGAAGAAGAGACUCCAGUAGUGAUAGUGAGAGUGGAAAAAGAUAUAAAAACAACAAACAAAGGGAUCAUAGGAAGGCUUCUUCGAGAGAUAGAAGCACAGCCAAAGAAAAAAGUAGAGGAAAAUCAAGAAGUGAAAGUGAAGAUGAAAGUAAUAGCAAAAUAUAUAGAUAUGAGAAAAAGAAAGAUCUAAGAUCUGUAUCUAGAGAAAAAAGCAGUGAAAAAAAGAGAAAUAAUGGAAGAAGUAACAAAAAACCCAAUGAAGAACCUGAAAGUAAUAGUAACUCAUCAAAGGAAGCAUCAGUAGAUAAUGAUUUAGAUAAAAUGAUAUUGGAGAAGCUACAAAUGCUAAGAGAAUCUGCAUUUGAUAAUAAGGAAGAAUUUGAAGACACCCAACAAACAUAUUCACAUUAUGAUAGCGAUAAUGAUGAAUAUGUGUACAAAAAGAAAUCAUUCGGACUAGUAAAGUCAGAUGGCACGAAAAUACCUCUAAAGAACCCUCCAAAUGACAAUAAAAAGCUACUUCCGAAAAAAAUUGAUGCUCCGAAAUUGCCAGAUGCCAAGAACAAGCCAAAUAAAAGGUUGACUGACAAAGAAAAGGAGGAAUUGAGAAGACAAAUGAUGGUGGAUGCCGUACACAGGGAUAAAGAAAGAAGUGACAAUUUGAAAAAGCACAGGCACGACAAUCAGAAAGAGGAAAGUAAAAUUGAGACAUUUGACAAAAAUUUUGUUCAUAGAGAAUUAUAUAAAGGACAGAGUGAUCUUAAAGAUGUGGAAUCGAGGCUCAAAACGAAGUUGAAUAAUAUACAGAGGUCUUCCCAACAUAUGAACUCAAAUUUUUCAAAAAGGAGUUAGAAAUACAAGUAGAGUUGAAAAUGAAAUGAAACGAGACGAUAAGGAUAGUGAUGAAGUGCAUUAAUUGUUUGAAUAUUUGUACAAAUGUAAUUUUACUGUUUGUAUUUAUAAAAAAAUAUUUUUA